AUGGCGUUUGCAAGAACGGCGCACUCGUACAUGCCGUUCGCGGAGCUGGGCAAGAUGCUGAGCCAGGAGAAAGCGAGCAAGACUGGACAAGAACGUAAAGACUUGAGCUCCUUCCUCCCGGCACAGGCGUUUCAAGAGAAGUUGAUCUCACCAGACGGCCUUACGAAACUUUACCGAAUCUUCCGUGACACCAAGUUCAAAGGAAAGGGACACGAAAAGACUGACUUGAAGUUGAUGAUGUCAAAGUACCAGGAAUGGGCAUACCAGCUCUGCCCAGCCCUGUCUUUCGAUGACGUAAUCUUCAAGGUCGAAUCUGUUGGAAACACGUUCAUGAUCCAACGAGCGCUCGACGCAUACCGUGAAGUGGAGGCGGACAAAUACAAGGAAGACAAGGAUGGCAAGGAAUCAGCCGGGGAAUCCACCGCGUUUGAAGCAGGACCAGUAGAAGACCAGGAGCAGCAGAAGCAUGCUGGGACAGGGAGCGAGGCCCCGCAAGCGAUGGUCUCACUGGAGGAGGAUGACGAUGAGGAGCCUGAGGACCCCAACCAGUACAUGCAGCAGGAAGAGUGGCAGGAAGAUGUGGCGGCUGAGUACGUUGAAGAGGAGAGUAGCGCUGAAAGAAACAGUGACGAGAAGCCUGCGUCAAGCAUCUCGGAUGAUGUGCUCAAGAGAAUCGAAGAAAAUAGACUGAGAGCGAAGAAGCGCCUCGAAGCUCUGCAAGCUCAGGGGUCUACAGGUGCGACAGAUGAAGGGAGCGAAGAGCGGGAGGCAGACAAUCCACCUGAGUUAGCGGAGCAACAAACCAACGAUGGUGACGAGUGGCAGGAGGACGAGGGUGCUGCGUAUGUCGGUGAGAGCGACGAGGAGAACAAGUCUGACAUCACCUUCGAGACUCCAAGCAAGGACGUCCAGCCUCCUCUCUCCUUGUGCUCUCCUCAACCCUCAGCAGCUUCUCUCUCAGUGGGGAAGAGUGUCGCCAAGUCCCCGGCAGGUGUGAGGGAUGCAGAAGUGCAGGAAUGCACGACAAGCAAAGAAGAAAAGAAGGAGGAGGAGGACGCGAGUGCAGAAAUCUUGCUGUUGCACGAAGCAGAGAGCCAGCAGACUGAUUCCGCCAAGGAUGUCGAAGCAAGCUUACCUGGCAAGGACCUCGUGUCAGACGAGACGGUACAAGUCGAGAGAGCAGAGCCAGAUGCGCCUGUUGCUGUGAAUGACAACGAGCUGACCGAGGACGAGGAAGACCUUGUGGAGGAUGUGAUAUGA